GCUGCCGAUAGUCAGUGGGAGUCCGCGCCAUGGAGUGACUGGUGGGUUUUUUUUUGGGUGCUUUUGCCCUAUAACCAGAGUCGUGUAGGCGGUACCUUCUCGUUCCCGUGGGCAACUUCAAAGCGCUGUAAUGUGGUUUUGCUCAAUGUCACUACGAGAGCGUCACCAUUCAUUCACCAUCGGAAACGGAGUGCAUCUGUCGUCCCUCGAGAAAUGGGGUUUCUGCCGCGGGCCGACUCCUUUUCGGCGCGCCGGACGUACACGUUAGUUCCUGGCUGAGCGCUCGACGCGAGUCUCCGCGCCUGCGCGCAGGUGGCAAUGCAGUCUCGUGGCUUCUCCGUCCGCCUCAGCGACAGUCGUUGCACCGGUGUGCGAGCUCGAGAACGUUGUCGAAGCACUGUCGCUCUGAUGCUCCUUGCCGUAGAGGCCGGCUGUAUCGACAACGCGCGACUAAUGUUUCACAUGCUAAAGCAGAGGCGCUCGUUUUCCUCUCUCGCACCCCUAUACAAUGUUACUGUAUAA